CUAUGAACAUAAUUCCGGAAAGCAAAUAGUCGGUGUAACUGUAACAAACCUAGUUUGAUAACAACACAAAUACUAGAUGUAUGUCUCCGGUAUCAAUUAUUAUUAAUAAUUACCAUAUCUAUCUCAAAAGAAAAGCAAAGGAAUAACCAAAAAGCGAAAUUAUCGAAAGAAAGUUAUGUUUGAUCGUCGGGAACCAUCAACCUAUUCUCUUCCUGCAUCUCUUCCUCAAUGGCCUCAAGGGGAAGGUAGUUUUAAUGCUGGAAUCAUUAACCUUGGAGAGUUAGAGGUAAAAAUGGUGAAACAAUUAGCAGUUUUUAACUAUUAUUACUACUACUUCAAAAAAUACAAAACAAAGUCUAUCAUGUUUUACGGACCUCAGUCGAUACCCGAUGGUUUCUUCCUUUUGGGUCACUCAGCUCAGCCAUCUAGUCAUCGACAUCUUGGAAGAUCCUGUGUUCUUGUUGCUCGAAAUAGUAACAACAACCUAGAUCAUCAACCUCCUCCUCUUAUGCAUCCCGUGGGGUUCGAUCUAAUCUUUAAAGACACACUUUUUGUUAUAUGGCGACCACGCCCUCCUCCGGGUUAUAGAGCGCUUGGAUUUAUUGUCACCACUUUGAUUAGGAGGGUUCUAAUGAAGCCAAAACUCAGUGUUGUUAUGUGUGUUCGUGAAGAUCUUACUCAGUCUUGUCAACUUGGUGAUGACCUUUGUGAAAGCUAUUCCAAGAUAAAAGUUUUCAACACCAAACCUUUUAGGACUGGAAUGUUUUCUAAAGGUGUUCCUGUUGGGACGUUUGUUUCUGCUCUUUCGGAUUCAGAUUUUCCCCAUGUGGGGUAUUGCUUGAGGAAUUUGAACCCUAAUCUUGAAGCAAUGCCAAACCUGGAGCAAGUAGAGGCGUUAAUGCAGCAUUAUGGUCCCAUACUUUACUUCCACCCUGAUGAGGUAUACUUCCCAUCUUCGGUUCCAUGGUUUUUCAAGAAAGGAGCCAAACUCUUCAAAAAGGGCAAGUCGUCUAACGGGAUACCCAUUCAUCCUCAUGGCACAAACUUGCCACAAGGUGGAACAAACGAUGGCAGUUACUGGUUGGAUUUACCCCCGGAGGAUGUGGAUGACAUCAAACAUGGUAACCUUGAGAGUGCACAACUUUACAUUCAUGUGAAACCGGCUUUUGCUGGUACUUUCACUGACAUUGAUAUGUGGUUUUUCUGCCCCUAUAAGGGGCCUGUAGCCGUUACUCUCACCAAUAAGUUAAAAACAAAAAUUAAGGUUGGCAAACACAUCGGUAAUUGGGAGCAUUUCACGCUGCGGAUAAGCAACUUCAACGGUGAACUUUACAGCGUGUACUUUUCAGGGCAUAGUGGCGGCAAAUGGGUUGAUGCUAGUCAUCUAAAGUUCUUCAAGGGGAACAAGCCAAUUGUUUAUUCUGCUAAAGGCAGCCACGCUACUUUCCCUAAUGCUGGAACUUGCAUUAAAGGGCUGCCCAAGCUUGGAAUUGGCCUGAAGAUGCAAGCUGAUGUAAGCAAUCAGUUCAUUGACGCAAGCAACACGUAUCAUAUUGUUGCAGCAGAGUAUCUUGGUGGUGUUGUGGAAGAACCGGACUGGUUGCAAUAUAUGCGGGUUUGGGGACCAACAGUAUCAUUUGAUUGGCGGCCCGAGCUCAAAAAGAGCAUAACCUACCUGCCGUUUCUCACCGGGCUGAUGGUGAAGAAGCUGGUUCAUCUCUUCCCAUACAAGGAAAGGCGUACAGGACCCAAGGAAAGGCUUAGUUGGUUUGGAGAUGAACAAUAAUGAUAAUUAAUGUUUACAAGCUAGCUUUUUCUGUUUGUUGUUUCUUUAGCAGCCUACCAGAUUAGUAAAGCUUAAUUUCUACCUGUGUAAAUGUGUAUAUGUUAGUCAUCUUUUGCUAUAUGUAGUUUACGCUGGGAAGCACCUGCUUUUGUUUCUAUAUAAUCUGUUGAUUUUUAUGA